GCCGGCCUGUUCAUUCAAGUGCACAACCUUGCGGUACAGCAUUUGGCAGAGCUGUUCCCAUCAUACGGCAUUUGCGCCUACUUCGAUCAACGAUGCCUCUCAAUUUCGUUCGAGGUGGGAGUUCCAUCUUCCGACAUCUCCAGUCUCGCACCGGCCGCGUUCCCGUUAUCACGAGCUAUGCCAGAAACGUCUACUUAGUUGCCAACAAUCGCUUUGCAAACCUGAGUGCUGGGAACGGUCAUUCUCGAAGCAUUCUAUUUGGCAGUUUAAGAAAUUCUUACGCGACCGCCGCUGGCCGUCCGAAAGCCCACACCGGGAAGGCAAAGGCGAAGAAAACCCCCGCCUCAGGCGAUGCCAAGAAAGCAAGCAAACCCAGAAAGAAGCGCGAAUUGACACCAGAGCAGGAGGAGAAACGAAAGGAGAAUGAGCGGAAGGCAGAGAUUAGACGCUUGAAGACUCUUGUCCUUGUCCCUCCAAAGAAAGGACCAACCAAUGCCUAUACCGUGGCUAUCCAGGAUAAGCUGCCUGAGAAGAUACGGACCUACGGAACCCUUUCAGAAGCCUUUAAAGCAGCCUCUCGAGAAGCAAAAGCACUGUCAUCAUAUGAGCAGCAGAAAUACACUGCUGUUGCGGAUGAAAAUGCUGCCAAGUACGCAGCCAAGUACGAGGAGUUUAUCAAAUCGCACACCCCUCUUCAAAUUAAAGAGGCCAAUGCAGCAAGGCGUAAACUUGCGAAACUCAAGGGCACAAAAGCCCGUAUCCUCCAUGAUGAACGACAGGUGAAGACACCUCGUAAUGCCUUUACUUUCUUCUUGACGGAGAAGGGUGCUGUAAAAGAGAAAUUCGCCUCUCUGGCAGAAGAAUGGAAGAGCGCUUCCGAUACGGAGAAAGAGAAAUACAUAAAACUUCAAGAGGAGGACAAGCAGCGUUACAUCAGAGAAUAUAAAGAAGCAUACGGUGUAGAACCAGGGCUAGCCAAGCGGGAACAUUCCGAGUAGGUAACCGCGCAAAGAACCUUUUAAGGGAAAUAUAUCUUAUGGGCCUUCCUGGAGAGGCUGUCUUCUGAAUGGAUUGCUUUUGCUUACUUGAUGUACUGGGACAGGGUUGCGUGACUUCCUUAACCUUUCUUUUGUAUGUGAAGAAUGGACCUUUUGCAAAUUUCGACGGUGUCGGAUCAUGUAUUUUUAGUGUCUCAAUGGGUCUAUUCCCAAUUCUACAUACGAUGUGAUGUGUCUUUGCCCUUUGUUAGUCUCCAGGAAUUGGAAAAUAGCAACGGAGUCUUUCGGGGCGCAUUAAAUAAAAUAUGAUACCCCAUCACGCUGAUGCAGCAGCAUUGAACUUGGCAGAUUGCAAGAGAAAAAAGUCACCGAGUUUCUUGCUUGUAUGAAACCUACUGUAAAAUCCCUGUAAGGGACCAUUCUAAUACAGUGAAAAUC